AUGCAGUGCAGCAUCGACAAGAACGUCAGGACGGACAUCUUGCGUAUCGGCAAGGUCCAGGCGAGGAUUGGUGGCGGUUCUGGUUCCGAUCCAGAGACGGUCGCUCUACAGCGGGACAAAAUUCACGAAGCUCUCAACGUGGGAGCCAUUCCUCAGGUGCAUGUGUGGUUCACGAACGAGGGCGCGUGGACGCAGGCGAUCAGCGAUCAGCCGCGGCAGGUGACGAAGAGGGCGUGGGCAGCCGCGACGAAGAGCACGAGGGGAAUCAUCAGGGAUAUCAAAGCAGAAGACGGGGCGUAG